AUGGUGUGCUACCGACAGCUGAAAAACUGGUUGAUAGCUGAUAUAUUGCAUCCUUUUCAAAAAGGAGAAGAAGAGGAACGCAAAAUUUUGUGGAAAACUCUCAAACACUUUUUACAGACUGUAGUUUUACGAAACAUAGCGAUUAAUCCAAACUGGACCGGUUUGAUUAUCACUUGUCAAGCGUCAUUUACCAUUGGCGGUGUUGUUGACACCAAUGAUUCCGGGCAAACGACAAUUGAAGUACGCUAUUUGCGAAAUCCACGAGUGGUUUAUCAGUCUGGGCGUGGACCAGUUCUUAUCAAUCAAGCCUACAGAUUUUAUGUGGAAUGCUUGCGCACAAUUGAGGGCAGGUGUCAACAGAGCGGUCCGCCAAAGAUAAUACAUUGUGCUGUUGAUGCCCAGCCGCAAGCCACUGUAUUUAAAUGGCUAAAAAAUGGAGUAGCGACGAGUGGUAAUGGAGCUGAGAUGACAAUUAAUGCUGACAUGAUCGGAAGAUCAAUUCAGUGUGCUGCUAACAAUGGUUUGUACGGUGAAAGUGAAAUGCCAACCUCUCAAGCCGUACUUAUUGACGUUUACACUCCAGCUCGGUUAGUGCAAACGAAUUUUCAAGAACUGCAGGCGAAAGAGGGGCUAUUUAGCAAUGGAAACAGGAUAGCAAUUAGCAAAGAUUUCGUUAUGGAAUGUGUUGUCGAAGGUACACCACGUCCGGAGGUGUUCUGGCGGCUAAGGAAGAACAAUGGCGAUGUCGUUUACGCAGACUGCAUACAUCCUCAGUACGCUAUUGAAAAUGGAAUACGGGAACAAAGAACUUCACAACCAGUUUUCGGCGAAAUUUCAAGAUUAAAGGCAGUCUGCCCAAUACGGAUACAGAAUUAUUCUUUUACUGGUCAGUAUUGGUGUGCCGCGUGUUCUCGUGUUGCUGAAGAAACUCAUGAGUGUAGUCCGUCUCUUGAUGUUCCUGGCACCUCAGUUCUCAAUGUCCAGGUCGAAGGUGCACCUAUGGAAUCUGAUUCUCCCUCAACAAUAGAUCAACAGUAUGAUACCAAAGACGCUGUUGUAACAGUACAUUACUGUUCGGAACCUGAACCAAACCCCCCACGAGAUAUAAUAUUUUCUGUAGAUGAGCAUGAAAUACAAAUAGAGCAGAGCUGGCAAAACUUUAGAUUUGAAGGUGCAACAAGAAACAACACGGUUCCUAAUUGUUACCUCGCCAGUAUCAGCGUCCCGCUGAAAACCUUAUUGGGUGGAGAAGGAGUCAGUUCCAGUUCAUUUCCAGCUUGGGCUAUCGUCCUCUUAUGCAUCCUCGGUGUUAUCAUAUUGCUAGCGAUCUUCCUUUAUUUUUGUGUGCGGCGGAGCUUAUUUUGCUUCAAUAGUAAGGGCUAUUCACGUUCUUUCGGAUCUCAUUCAGAAACUGCCGUUCUGCUAUUCGAUUUUUUAAGUUUAAUUAUGAUUAUUAGCCUUACCUUAGUUCUACUAUCUGGUAGAUAUGAUGUUAAAGAACAAAGUUGCAGUCUAAAUGUUCGAGAAGCCUACGUGGAUGACGCUCCACGUCCGAUCUAUCAAUCUUCUGGGCAACCAGCAGAGGUAAUACGGUGUGAAAGUCGUACCGAUUCCGCCUGCCAACUGUAUUUGAGCAAGGAGGCGGUUGUUUGA